GAAAUUUGCAUUGGAUUAGAAAAAUUGUGGAUAUGAAUAAUAUUUUUGGAGCAGAGAAUUGGCUUUGGUAAAAGACGGGGGUUCCCUUCCAUGGUGACUACAACUCAUAUGCUUCAAUCCCUCACUACUACUGCUCUUCUCAAUCGCACUUCAUCAAGCACCGUAUGCUGCUUCUCAGCCAGGAACGGCGGCCGUAGCGGCGGCUCCAGGUGGGAGAGCAGAACUGGAAAUGGCCAGCAACGGUUCAGAUUUGACGAGGAGGAGCUCCGAGCUAACGGCGGCGAAAAAGAUGCGGAAUUCGGUUUCGGUGCCGCCACCAAGCAGAGGAUUUGGUGGUCCGAUGAUGACUCCUCCCGGGGCGAUGGCUUUGAUGAUGAAUAUGAAGAUUUUGAAGGGUUUGGAGAAUUAGAGGGCUCCAUUGGCUUUUCUUGGAUAUUCAAGGUACUCCAAGCCUUUGGUUGGAUGGUUCCAGCUGUUCUCGUAUCAAUGCUUUUAGGAACAGGGACAAAUACAAUUAUAAUGGCAUUGGUGCUACCCUUAGCCCAAUCUUCUCUUUCUUUAAUAAUGGAUGCAUUUUCAGGAACAUCCUAUGACCGUGCAAGACCAAAGUCCAGGACAAGGAAGCGGCCAUAUGCCAGAGCCAAAGCCAAUGCUAGAACGAGAGAGGGAGAACAAAAUACCCAGAGCGGGAAGGGAGUUAGGGGAUAUGGAUCAAAUGAUGUUUCAAAUGAAAAGGAGGCGAAAACGACGCAAAAUUUUGGUGGAUGGGAUGAACUAGAUAACCCAGGGACUACAUCUGCAAACAAAACGCCUAAAACAACCAGACUGCGGAGUGAAGGCAAAUUGAGCCGGAGAAUAAGCAAGAAAGAAACACCAUUGCUGUUGAGGCUACUCAUCGCGGUCUUCCCAUUCUUGGGAUCCUGGACAAAGGUAUUGUAAUUCUACUGCAUUGUUCUUAUCUGCAACUGUAUUGUAACUCUCACUAUGCUUCACAAAGUUCACAUAGCGUGUAAAGUUAUGGCCAAAUUCAAAAUCUGAAUAACAGUAUAAAGAUUAAAUGUCAAUUAUGGUUCCACGUUCAAUUUAUGCA